AAGCAAGCCGCCCCCUAGGCCAAGGAGGGGCACUCCAGUUCCCAUCAGCCCCCCACCUGAUGGGAACCGGAGUGCCCAACCCUGGAGCAGCAGCGCAGCGCUGCAGAGACGAGGAGCGCUGUGCGCCCCGGAGGCUGGCGCCACUGCCCGGGGUUAGCAGGGCGGCGCUGGGCUCGGCUCGCCUUCCGCAGCCAGGCAUCGUCUCCCGCCCGGGGGCCAGCCGAGCAGCCUCGCCUUUUCUUCCGCCGGAGAGGGAGCGCCAGCCAGCCAGCCGCGGAGACCCGCCUCCACCGGGGCAGUCCCAGCCGGGCAGGCCCGCCCUCGCCCUGCCUUGCCCGCCUCGCUCCGAGGAAAGGACCGCUCGCUCCGCGGCCGGGAGAGAAGCCGCCGGGGCUAACCGAGCCGUCGGGGCGUCUCGCGGACCGGGAUCGCCUCCGCCGCCAGCCGGGCUCUUCCGGGGGAGCGGCUCCGGGAGCCCCCGGGUCGGCGCCGGGACGCUUCGCGGGGAGGGAGCGGACGGGACGAGGAAGCAGCCGCGCGCACGGAAGGCGAGCUCUCCCCGGGGCCUCCGCCCGCGCCCACGGAGGAGGAGGAAGAGAUCGCGGCGCCCGCGGGCGUCGGGGAAGCCUUGCGGGGCCAUGUAGAGCCCGGCCCGCUUGCAGACGUGGAUCCGCCUUCCCGAUGGGAGGGGGCUUGCGCUAGCUCCGCGCCCGGCCCUUCCAAGAUCUCCCCGUGGUCUCCUUUCCGCUGGCCGACAGAGGGAGCGGGUCCAUGUUCCUGGACCCGAUGAGGCCGGGAGGGCAGCAUGGAGCCACUGAAAAGCAUGUUCCGCAAGGCCCCUCUGGUGGGCGGAUGGGGGCCAGGCUCCCGAGCCGCCACCACCUACGCCAACCCGGUCUGGACGGCGUUGUUUGACUACGAGGCGGCCAGCACGGACGAGCUGACGCUGCGCAAGGGCGACUUGGUGGAGGUCCUGUCCUGGGACUCGGCCAUCUCCGGCGACGAAGGCUGGUGGGCCGGCAAGCUCCACGACCGCGUGGGCAUCUUCCCCGCCAACUAUGUCUCGCCCAAGACGGGGGCCUACGCCGCGCCCGGGGAUCCCCCCGAGGCCGACUUUCGGGAUCUGACGCUGGAGGAGGUGAUUGGGGUGGGGGGCUUCGGGAAAGUCUACCGGGGCAGCUGGCGGGGGCAGUUGGUGGCGGUCAAGGCGGCCCGCCAGGACCCGGACGAGGACAUCAGCACCACGGCCGAGCGGGUGCGCCAGGAAGCCCGUCUCUUUGCCAUGCUGAAGCACCCCAACAUCAUUACCCUGAAGGCUGUCUGCCUACAGGGGCCCAACCUGUGCUUGGUGAUGGAGUACGCCGCCGGAGGACCGCUCAGCCGGAUGCUGGCCGGACGCCGCAUCCCGCCGCACAUCCUCAUCAACUGGGCCGUCCAGAUCGCGCAGGGCAUGGACUACCUUCACUGCGGCGCCAUCGUGCCCGUCAUCCACCGGGACUUGAAGUCCAACAACAUCCUGCUGAGCGAACACGUGGACGAUGGUGAGGUCAGUGGGAAGACCCUAAAGAUCACCGAUUUUGGGCUGGCCAGAGAAUGGCACAAAACCACUAAGAUGAGCGCCGCCGGGACUUACGCCUGGAUGGCACCGGAAGUCAUCAAAAACUCCACUUUUUCCCGCGGUAGCGACAUCUGGAGUUAUGGGGUGCUUCUGUGGGAACUCCUCACCGGUGAAGUUCCAUACCGUGGAAUUGACGGGCUGGCAGUGGCUUAUGGGGUUGCCGUCAACAAACUCACCCUUCCGAUACCUUCCACGUGCCCAGAAUCCUUUUCACGUCUGAUGACAGAGUGCUGGCAGCAGGACCCCCACGCGCGCCCCAGCUUUGCCUCCAUCCUUGAUCAGUUGACAGUCCUCGAAACACAGGUACUGCGCGACCUGCCACAAGAAUCCUUCCAUUCCAUGCAGGACGACUGGAAAGUGGAGAUCCAGGAUAUGUUUGACGAGCUGCGGGCAAAAGAGAAGGAGCUGUUGAGCCGCGAGGAGGAGCUGAAUCAGGCGGCGCUGAAGCAGAAAUCCCAGGAGGAGUUCCUCCGCCAGCGGGAACACGAACUGGCCCAGUGGGAGCUGGAGGUUUUUGAGCGCGAACUCAGCCUCCUGAUCCAGCAGAUGAACCACGAUCGGCCGCACGUGAAGAAGCGCAAGGGCACAUUCAAGAGAAACAAGCUCCGAGGCCGGGACAGUGAGCACAUCAGCAUGCCGCUUGAUUUUAAGCAUCGCAUCACGGUUCAGGCGUCCCCAGGGCUGGACAAAAGGAAGGAUUUCUUUGAUGUGGGAGCUGGUGGCUCUCCCACCUUCCCACGGUUUCGAGCUAUCCAAUUGGAACCGAGCGAGAAGGAUCAGAACUGGAACCGACAAGGACCCCGUCGGGGAGACGAGACCUGGAACGGCCAUACCAAGAGCCCGGGGUCCCCCAAAAUGUCUGAGCGCAGUACACAAAAUGGCAGGAGAAGAUCGCGUCCAGAAGAGACGACGUGGUACGUAGAACCGGGCGGUUCCCCUGUACACUCACAGCUGCAUCCACAGUCCAGCCAGAACGGUGAUAUUCCCAUCACCUCGGCAGAAACCGAGGAGCCAACACUGGAAAGGCUGAGCGGGCCCAGACUCAUCGAGAGAGUCCUGCUCCGGGGUUCAGCCUUGCUGGCCUCCCUAGGCUUGGGCCGGGAGUUGCCGACCCCCUCUCAGGAGAGGCCCAUGGAGGGGCCAGGUGCUAGGAAGCCCUCUCCCCGAAGAGACCCCACCCCUGCCCUGCAAGUGGAGCCCUGCACGGAUGACGCUGCCACGGAGCUCCUCAUUGACCUGGCCUCGGUGGGGGACAGGACCGCCUUGCCGCCCCUCUGGACGAGGGAGUCACCCAGGGUCCCUCAGCUCGCGGAAGGCCGGACCACCAAGACCCCAAAGUGGGAUGGCGCCUUCCCGUCUCCCUCCUCUCCCCGCAGCCCCCGCUCCCCUCACCCCACCCUGAUUUCCCGCCCCCGCCCCUCCCCAAUCCGCAGCCGGAUCGACCCUUGGAGCUUCGUCUCGUCGGGACCUCGGGCCUCGCCAGCGGUCACCCCGGUCCAGUCCCCCCGUCUGGGCCCACGUCAAGUCAAACUCCCCGGUCCCGAAAGCACCAAUCCUUUCGGGGCGCCCAAUUCGAAUCCGUUCGCCUGGGGGGACUUUUCGGCACCCGCCGACCCUUUUCUCGGGAGCUCCACGCGGUCAGCCCCAGAGACGCUCAGCCCCGCCGUUUGCUGGACCUCCAGACCGCACCCAACUCCACCAGAGGAUCUGCCAGCCUCGCCCUGGUGGGGGGACACCUCCUGCCCCCCGGGAGGCACGAUCCCCAAAUGACCAAGGACCCCCUGUUUCCAGAUGUGGCCUGCCAGACUUCAUGCGAUGGGACCCUGGCCUGUCGCGUGGCCAAAGAUCGGAGGACCACAGACUGCUAUUCUACAGGGAAAGACAUUAAAAAAAACCCCUAGAUCCUCAGUGGUGAUAAUAGGGGGCUAACUUCCUCCCCACGUCUCCGCUAUGCAACGAACACUAAGCUGUCAAGCCAGCGUUGUGGUGCCCUUUUCACGUCGCCAUCCUGGCUCCUCCUUACAGGCAGCUAUCUUAGUUCUCACCUCUGUUCCCUUUCCUCCCACGCCAGGGGGUCUUCCCCAUUUCAUGGGGAGGGGGGGCACAGGGGGAAAUGACACCAGGAUUGAGACCCCCCCCCCAAAUGGUCCUGGUUAGCUUGCCAUUCCUUCCUUCUCCUUGAAAACAAAUUCCAGCCAAUGGAGGCCUUGCCCAAAAGGGCUGUUUGUCUUUUUGCACACAAAGAGAGCCAAGGACAAGGGGGGCUGGGGGGGGGAAAUGAGGGGGGGCGGUCCGUGCAGCCCCCUCCUCAGCCCUCAUCUUGAGGCCAAAGCGAAAAGCAGGGCCAAUUCCCACAGGACCAAGGCAGGACAAAGCACUUUUGAGUGUGCAUUACUACUGUUGUCUUCUUUCCCUACUUGAAAUUCACACGUGUGCCAGGCUCCCUCUGCUCUUGUUUCCUUUCCCCGUAUGUGCAUGCACACACUCCCAUGAGCGGGGUGGGUGGGAGCAGGGGAGCCAACUGUGUUCAGGACCGUCCCAGCACCGGGCGGGCCGACCCUGUGAAACGAGACCAAAAUAAAC